AUGUCGCUAUUGAAUCGCCUUUUGGCAAGUCGUCGAGCAUGCGGAAUCGUUUGCUUUCUUCAAAAUUCCACGGAUAACGAAUGCUAUAAAAAGGCGUAUGGUACUUGGAGUAUCGCUAUCACAUCAAUUAGCACCAGCACAGCGCCGAACAAUCGGAGUGUGGUUGUUAGGAUGUGCCGGAAUGGUUUACGGGCAGUUGCUUUGGGAGGUGUCACAAGAUUGACAGAAUCGGGUUUAAGUAUGGUCAAUUGGGAUUUGUUUCGUACGAUGAAGCCACCAUGGAGUAAGGAUGAAUGGGAAACCGAAUUUGAACGUUACAAGCAAUUUCCAGAAUAUAAAUUCAAAAGUGGUAAUGACGAGAUGACAUUGGCAGAAUUCAAAUUUAUUUGGAUGAUGGAAUACAUUCAUCGAAUGUGGGGACGGACACUGGGUAUCUUUUUUCUAGUUCCUUGUGCAUUUUUCUGGGCAAAAGGUCAUUUCUCUUCUGCAAUGAAAAAAAGAAUGUUCAUUGCUGGUACUCUGAUUUGCAUGCAGGGACUUAUUGGUUGGUGGAUGGUGAAGUCAGGAUUGGAUCCGAAGAACAAUUCUAACAAAGAAAUACCUCGUGUUUCGGAAUAUCGUUUAGCCACUCAUCUGACAAUGGCUUUUGUUUUAUACACAGUGUUUUUGUGGACCGGUCUUUCACAUAUUUUUACAGCUCAUGACCACACAAAUGUUAACAAAAUUGGACGAUUACGUGGUAUGACACAUCUUUCGAAAACGAUGAUAGUUUUGACUGCAGUAAUGGGCGCUUUUGUUGCUGGCUUGGAUGCUGGAUUGGUUUACAAUUCAUGGCCGAAAUAUGCCGGACGUUGGCUUCCAGAAGAUUUAUGGCUUAAAAACCCAAAAUGGUGUAACAUUUUUGAAAAUCCGGCAACUGCCCAGUUUAUGCAUCGAAAUAUGGCUUACUUAACACUGCUUUCGGUAACACUCACAUGGAUUUUUGGACGCCGUAUGCUUCUUGGUCGACGUGCCAAAAUUGCAUUGCAUUCAUUGAUGGGUGCGGUAUACUUGCAGGCUCUUCUAGGAAUAGCUACUUUGGUGCACUAUGUACCGGUUUAUUUGGGUGUCAUGCAUCAGAACUUAUCAAUGGCUGUGAUAACAUCUGCUUUUUGGCUUUCAAAUGAAAUCCGUCGUGUUCCAAAAUGUAAAAAUGGAUCUUCAAAAAUGAUCGAAUAG